AUGCUUCCCAACCCACACCUUCCCAACCCACUGUUUCACACCCUGCAGCCUCUGUCUCUGUCUUCAGUCCCUGGCUCCCAGAGGAGCAGCAGAGUGCUGGCCCAGUGUAUGUGUGGCUUGCAGCCACAGCCUACUGUGCAGCAGCAGGCCCAGCGGGCCAGGACUGGCGGGGGCUACAGUGGGGCAGGCAGCCACAUUAAUCCUUCUUGGCUGCCUCCAGGAAAUCCGCAGCACAUUGCUCUCAUGAUGGAGCAGCUCAAGAGCCUUGGCCUGUUUAACAGCUUAUGCUGGGACUGCCUGACCAACAUGGACAAUAAGCCAGCUUACCAGAACCUGAGACAGAAGGUGGAUAAUUGUGGGGGUCCUACAUCUGGACAUCUGGACACACAGGAAUGGAAUCCUGCAAUGAACAAGAACCAGUUUCUAAAUGGGCUGAGGCAGAGCAUGGUUCAGUCAGGCAUGCUGGAAGCAGGAGUGGACAAGAUCAUUUCUCAAAUGGUAGACACCAAACUAAACCACAUCUUCAGGCCACAGAUAGAGCAAGCAAUCCACAAGUUCCUGUCCUCCAAGAAAAAAGAAGCUCUGCCAGCUGCCCAUCCAGAACCUGAAAGCCAGUAUCCUCCUGAGCAAUCCCAAGAUGCUUCCUGUGAAUAA